CUGGAAGUAUAUAAGACAUGUCAGAGGCACCAAGAACAGAAGCAUCGACGAGCAUCUGGAACCAACACUUCAAAUCUACUGUUCAUCAAGAGAUUGAGCGACAAAAAUGACUGGAGCCGCUGUGUCCACAUGCCUACUUUUUCUCCUGUCUGUAUGUUCAUCGUGUUACAUCUCUAACUGUCCUAUCGGUGGCAAAAGGUCCAUCAUGGAUGCACCUCUGCGAAAGUGCAUGCCGUGUGGCCCCGGAGACAGGGGUCGCUGCUUCGGCCCCAGUAUCUGCUGCGGGGAGGGCCUCGGCUGCCUGCUCGGCUCCCCGGAAACGGCUCACUGCGUGGAGGAGAACUACCUGCUCACCGCCUGCCAGGCAGGAGGGAGACCCUGUGGAUCUGAGGGAGGACGCUGCGCUGCUUCAGGACUCUGCUGUGAUGCAGAGAGCUGCACCACCGACCAAUCGUGCCUCAUCGAGGAGGAAGGAGACGACCAAACCAGCCUAUUUGAAGGCAGCGACCCCGGUGACAUCAUCCUCAGGCUCCUGCAUCUGGGCGGUCACACUUCUCAUCGAGUUCACCCAUGAGCUGCUCCUGACACCGAGGUCUCAUGAGAAACUCUUCCGCCGUAGAGACAACGUGGGACUUGUAGUUGUAGUUCAUAUAGUUGUAUUGCUAUGUUUGUCAUCAUCACUCUGUAUUUGCUCUUU